GAAUCGUGCUAGCAGCUCCGUCAAACAUCUGGACUCUAGAGAACAUAUUUCCAGAGGUAUAUAGAAGCCGGUUUUCACUGCACAGCACAGAAGCUUACUAUCGCCUACGUGCCUCGUAUUGAGAUCGCCUUGAAGCCAGUCAUGGUGUCCCGCACGCCCAUUCACACUCUGCCUGACGAGCUCCUCAUUCCGCUCCUCUGGCCCUCCAAGCACCCCACUGAGCCCGCCACUGGCCAAUGCGCUGGCCAAUCCGCUCACCACGUUCCCUGGCCCUCCAUGUUCGACAAGCCCAGGUACGUCGUGCGUCGCGAGGAGAGCGUCGUUUCCUCGUGCACUCCGCUGGCCUUCACCGACACCGCUCGCAGCCUCGCCAUGGCCGCCGUCUGCCGUCGCUGGCGCCGCCUCGUACGGACUGAGGUCACCACGCUGCGCGUACGGCAAAACUGCGUCGUGUCGCCGCAGGACCUCUCGCACGCCGUCGCAUGCUUCCCGCGCCUCACUCGCCUGCAUCUGUGCAACGGCAGCGCGGGGACCGUCGACGACGCGUUCCUCGCGCACCUCGCGUCGUCGUGCCCCGAGCUGAGAGUCCUCCACGUGGGGAGAGCAUCACGCCGGACGCGGAUUAUAGCGAGGACGAGAACGAGCACCCGGUGACGGCGGCCGGAUUGGACCACCUGUUCCGCGGCUGCACGCGGAUGGAGAGCCUUUCGCUGCGCUGCCUCCAUAAACAGACCAGUCUGCCCGCGUCCUUCUUCAGCCUCACCAACCUGCACACACUCACCCUCAACGACGCGUCUGCUCUCGACGCGCCGGCCUUCGCGAACCUUUCGUCCAUCGCGAAUCUCGCCAUCGACGCCGUGUUACUCGACGACGGCCGCCUGCUCCGCCUCGCCCGCUUGCCCAACCUCGUUAGUCUCGCCUUCCUCGACGACACGCAGCUCGGCGAAGACGACGGUCGCCACGCCUUCUUCUCCUUCGCGCGCCUGUCGUCGCUCAAGUCGCUCGAGUUCGAGGCCUACGGCCCCAAGCCCGACAUGCUGCUCUUAUCCGAGUCGUCCUGCAGCCGCCUCGAGCGCCUGCUGCUCUCCCACUACGACUGCCUCGGGCGCCUUCCCGACAAUAUCGACGCGCUGCUGCCACGUGUCCGGGAGCUGAGCGCCCGCUGGUGCAACGGCGACCUGCCCGAGCAAAUCACGUCGUUGCGGUUUUUAGAGAGCCUAACUAUUUCCAUGUGCGGCGGGGUCACCCUGUUGCCCGAAAACUUCGGACGGCUGACCGCUCUGAAAACUCUAGUGCUGCACGGUCUGCCGCUGUCGAGCCUGCCCGCGUCCUUGGGCCAGCUGAAGGCCCUGCAGACGCUGCUCGUGGUGGACUGCGCUGACCUCCGCGAGCUGCCUGCCGGCUUCGCGGCUGGCCUCACUUCCCUCCAGAACCUCAGCCUCGUGCAUUCGCCGCAUGUAGUGCUCCCGGCGGACAUCGGACGCCUCACCAACCUCCAGACCUUCCUCUUGAAGCGGAGCGGCGCGAAGGAGCCGCUCCCCACGUCGUUCACCCUGCUGUCGUCCCUGGCGCGCCUGGAGCUCGACCAGUGCAUGGUGUCAGAGCUCCCGGCGGCCGUGGGGCAGCUGAGGCGCCUGGAGGAGCUGUGCAUCCAGUGCUGCCCGCACAUCACGGCGCUUCCCGCGGCCAUCACAGCCCUCACUGAACUCCAGGUCCUGAGAGUUGGUGACUGCAGCGGGCUCUCCUGGGUGCCCAGGGAUCUCAGCAGGCUUGCGAGGCUGAGGGAGGUGGAGCUGAGCGGAUGCGCACGGCUGACGGAGUAUCCACACGCCCUGCCGCGCUCGCUGGAGGGGCUGACCCUGGGGAACGACCAGCAGGGGAGUGCUCUGACAGGCAUUGGAGCCAUCUCCACACUGACGAGGCUGAGCACGCUGAGCCUCAAGUUGGUUACCUUGGCGGAUGGGCUACACGAUAGCAGAAAUUUGUCUCGUCUGACUCGACUGCAGCACUUGGAGCUGGCGAUAGCAAGUGAUUCGACAGAGCUCCCUUUCCCCUUGACGUGCCUCCCCCACCUGCACUCCCUGACCAUCUGGAGCGCUGGAGGCAUGAUCAGCCUCCCUGAUGACGUCGCCUUGGCUCUGAAGCAGUUGCGACGGCUGAGCAUCCAGCGGGCUGACGAGCUGCAGCAGCUGCCAGCAGCCAUCACCAUGCUCCACCACCUGACCUGCUUUCAACUCCACGCACCCAAGCUUGCCUCCCUCCCUCAAGGCAUGGGUACACUGACCAGGUUGCUCAAGCUGAAGCUGUCCAGGUGCUCUUCACUCUCGCACCUCCCUGCCUCGCUCACCCAGCUGGCAUGUCUGCACGAGCUGACUGUGCAACACUGCUCCAUCCGCUCCCUUCCCUCAAGCUUUGCACGGCUGAUGAGGCUCAGGGAUCUGAACCUGCAGGGGUGCGAGCAGCUGGAGGCUCUGCCUGCGGACCUACCCCAGCUCAAGAUGCUGCGCUGUUUGACUGUGAGAGGGUGCAGCCGGGUGUGCGAGGUCAGAGGCGCUAUUCAGCCUGCUGGCGUUUAUGGGAUGUAUGGGCUGACUUUGUCAGCGCUAUGAGGUGUUGCCGCUGAGCGUGG